UAUCACUACCUCUUUAUUAUGCCUAAUCUUUCAAAAGUUGUGCAGCUAAAGUCUGAGAAUUCCGAGAAUGCUGGGCACUACAGGCAUUGCAUCGGGCUCCGUGGUCAGCGCUGUUAGCACCGGUGGGGUCGUGACUGCUGCCUCGUGGAAAGAGCAUCUUCUGGACGAGAUUCCUGUGGCUGCGGAGGACGUGGGCGACGCUGUGACGUGCUUACUGCACACUAUUCUGUUCACACGAGCUCCUGGGCCUGUGCGCCCCAGCGAAGCCACAUGCCAGGCGUUCCCCAACAUCACGUACGCUCUGUGCGCGGUAGGAGACGUCAGUCGUAAAGUGGACCACGCAGUGCGCAGCUUUGAGGAGGCAGCGGUGCUUGGAGGAAGCAGUUAUGUCAUGGGGACCAGCAGCGGGAUGGUGCCGGCGUAUGGUCAACCGUCUAAGGCCUUCGGGACGAGCAAUGUCAGAGGAGCCAAUAGUGGCUACAUUGUGGUGACGUUCUUUGAGCGUAAGGUGAAGAAGGCAUUGUUUGGACUCAUGUCUAACGAGGAGAAGACGGUCUUUGAGAAGUGGAUCAUUCCGGUUACGGUCACAUCGUCACCUGCUGCGUCGCAAGAGGAACGAGAGUUGUGCGCUGGUGAGACGGAAGCGGCACUACAGAAUGCGCUGCUGCACAUUUUAACGGCGGUCCAAAGCAUUGAACACAUCCCUGUUGCUAUGUAUGAUUUCGAAAUCACUACAUUCAACAGUCUAGAAGAUGCACAGGUUGGCAGUAGUUAUGGAGGAGGAUUGGGAAAUGGGAGUGUGCGGCUGAUGCCGUAGACUUUAGU